UCUGUUCUCUGUUACCGCUUCUGUUUGGGGCAGUACUGCAUCUACACGAUCGCUGAGAACACUAACAGCAGUAAAAAACCGCGUAUCAUGAUAACUUUCAAUAUUUAUCAACGUAAUAUACAUUUAUUACUUUCAAACCCUCGGCAAAAUAAAACGUGUGUUCAAAAGACUUUUUAAAUUUUAAAUAAUUAUUAAUUUAUUUAAAAUAUUUAACUGUGAUAUAAAAGUUAUCAAAUGGACCUCAACUGAUUAAAAACUAAAUUUAAAUUUAAAAUUUUUUUUUAAAUCAAAAAAAGUGAAUUUAUCAUUUUACCCUACAAAGUGGACAUGUAAUAAAUCAAGCCGGGCAUAUGUAUGUAAAUAAUUUAAAACUUAAAAUUGGAGCCGAUAACUGAAAGGUGAUUUUUAAAAUAGCGAAGAGUGAAUUGAGGACUUGGUAAUCGGUAACAAAGAUCGAUCAUCAACACCUGAUCAAGGCCAUCGGAUGCGAUCGAAAGCGAGUCGGAAUUGUGGGAAGCAGUUGCGGGUGCAGCACCUUAAAUUUUUACCACCUCGCGGAAUACAUCAUCCAAGCUGGCUGCCUCGGCUGGUAACCCCGCCUCCGCGCAUCCUCCUGUGCUCUGGAGCUCGCGCAGAAAACCAGGGCUGUACUUACGGAGCAUUGGAGAACCUAGGAUGACAGCAGAAACAGCAGCUCCGUCUGUCCAAAGUGUACAAAGUCGCGUUAUGGUGGACGAGACAAGUGCACUAGAUCAACAAAAUCAUCAUCAAAAAUCAAUCAGCAACAAUGUCAGUGCCAACAAUACAUCGCCGACAAAUCGCUCAGGAUCAACGUCCGUCGUAUCAAAUUCCUCACCAUCAACCACCGAAUAUAAUCCCGAGUACGCAAGUAUGGAAUCCUGGUUUGACGAACAUCCGGACUUCGUCAAUGAUUAUGUCCUAAGAAAAGUGACAAGGCAGACUGUCGACGCGUGGUUAGUAAUGCACGCAACGCCAACAGCAUCGUCAGCAAAUUGUCUGAUGGAGGGUAUCAUGGGUGGUCAGAAUCAUUGCUCCCAAAAUUCAAACGCUUGCAAUAAUGCCAGUGGUGCAACAGUUACGUCACCUGGUGGUGGUUCUGGUGCUACAACACCUGUACGUAAAAUAUCAGCACAUGAAUUCGAACGUGGUGGAUUACUUAAGCCAAUUGUCAAUACAAUUGAUGGUACGCCGACGUUCUUGAGUAUCGCGACCGAAGAACCUGGACAACCGGGUACUGGACAACAGGGUGGUGGACCCAGUGGUGCCGUUAGACCUCAACGAAAGUCUAGGAAUGAACUUCGUCAGCUUGACGAACGAGAUCUUAUAUUCGAAUUGGUCAAGGAUAUAUGUAAUGAGCUGGACGUAAGAUCACUGUGUCAUAAAAUCCUUCAGAAUGUCAGCAUGCUGUUGCACGCGGAUCGGGGAUCUUUGUUUCUGGUCCAGGGCGAGCGAAAGUGCGCCGGCGACAAUUCCCAACGCUCCGAUAGCUCAAAUUCCCUCGUCAGUAAUAACAACAAUAAUAACACCAGCAAACCUAAUAAUAAUAAUAAAAAUAACAACAACCAUAAUACCAAUAAUAAUAAUAACAGUAAGACGGCUGGUAAAAGUAAGAGUACAGGCGCCGAUGAAUCAGAGGGGGAUAAUUUAAGUCCUCCAAAAUUAACACGUCCACGAAGCAGGUGUCUGGUAUCGAAGCUCUUUGAUGUUUGCUCAAGAUCAACACUCGUCGAAAUGGAGAAAAAUGACGAGAUUAAAAUUCCUUGGGGCACCGGGAUCGUCGGGUUUGUUGCGGAAAGUGGCGAGCCUGUUAAUAUUCCAGAUGCAUACAUGGACGAUAGAUUCAAUCGGGAAAUAGAUGUACUGACUGGUUACAGAACAAAAGCUCUUUUGUGUAUGCCGAUAAAGGAUUGCAGUGGUGAUGUAAUAGGUGUUGCACAGGUUAUCAAUAAAUUGGGCGGCGAGGGUCAGUUUACAGUUCAAGACGAAAAAAUAUUUUCGAGUUACCUCCAAUUUUGCGGGAUCGGCUUGAAGAAUGCCCAGCUGUAUGAGAAAAGUCAGCUAGAGGUCAAGAGAAACCAGGUUUUGUUGGACUUAGCUCGUAUGAUUUUUGAAGAGCAGAGCACAAUAGAGCAUAUGGUAUUUAGAAUUUUGACGCACACCCAGUCUCUCAUUCAAUGCCAACGUGUACAGGUACUUUUAGUCCAUAAAGCAUCAAAAGGAAGUUUUUCUCGAGUAUUUGAUUUUGAAGCAAACGACCUAACUGGCGAAGAUACGGAUUCUCGAACUAGUCCGUUUGAAAGCAGAUUUCCCAUAAAUAUCGGCAUCACCGGGUACGUCGCGACCACAGGCGAGACCGUAAACAUACCAAAUGCAUAUGAAGACUCACGAUUCGACCCAUCGGUAGACGAUGGCACUGGAUUCCGUCACAGAACAAUUCUUUGCAUGCCGAUUAAGAAUUCAUCCGGUCAAAUAAUUGGAGUUAUUCAGCUUGUUAAUAAAUUUGAAGAUCUUUUAUUUACUAAGAAUGAUGAGAAUUUCGUCGAAGCUUUCGCUAUUUUUUGUGGAAUGGGAAUUCAUAAUACACAUAUGUAUGAAACAGCAAUCACUGCAAUGGCAAAGCAAAGUGUUACACUAGAAGUUCUCAGCUAUCACGCAUCUGCCUCAAUAGAAGAUGCACAGAGAUUGAAGAGCUUAAGGGUGCCAUCCUCGGCAUACUUUCACCUCCACGAUUUCAAGUUCGAUGACAUACUAAUGGAAGACGAUGAUACUCUCACGGCCUGCCUAAGAAUGUUUCUUGACCUAGACUUUGUUGAACGUUUCCACAUUGAUUACGAUGUUCUCUGCCGUUGGUUAUUAAGCGUUAAAAAAAAUUAUCGUAAUGUUACUUAUCACAAUUGGCGACACGCCUUCAACGUCGCGCAAAUGAUGUUUGCCAUUCUAACGGCGACUCAGUGGUGGAAAAUAUUCGGAGAAAUCGAGUGCUUGGCUCUUAUAAUUGCUUGUCUGUGUCAUGACCUUGACCAUAGAGGCACCAACAAUUCAUUUCAAAUUAAAGCCUCGUCACCACUAGCGCAACUUUACUCUACCUCGACAAUGGAGCACCACCAUUUCGAUCAAUGUCUGAUGAUCCUCAGCAGCCAUGGCAACCAAAUUCUGUCUAAUGUUUCGCCGGAUGAGUACUCACGUGUUGUUAAAGUCCUUGAAGACGCAAUUCUAUCAACGGAUUUGGCCGUUUACUUCCGCAAACGCGGCGCAUUUUUAAAUAUCGCACGCGGUCGCACCUACAACUGGGCGUUGACCGAACACCGCGAAUUGCUACGCGGGAUGCUAAUGACUGUGUGCGAUCUUGCGGCAAUAACAAAGCCAUGGGAAAUUGAAAAACGCGUCGCAGAACUAGUCAGCAGUGAAUUUUUUGAACAAGGUGACAUUGAACGACGAACACUCAACAUCACUCCAAUUGAUAUCAUGAAUCGUGAGAAGGAGGAUCAGUUACCGUUGAUGCAAGUUGGUUUUAUUGAUUCCAUAUGUCUUCCUAUUUACGAGGCAUUUGCAUUACUUUCUGACAAACUACAUCCACUGAUGGAAGGUGUAACGGAAAAUAAAAAAAAAUGGCUAGAGUUGGCUGAGAAUACAUGCACGUCCGGGAAUUGUACCAACCACGAUAGGACGUCAAUAGAUCAAGAUAAAGAAAACGACAAACACGAGAGUGUUGUCGUUGAAUAAUUUAACUUUUUUUCUUUUCGUUUUUUAAAAAUAAUAGUCGCUAACUACCGCUGAGUAUUCCGAAAAAAAAAUUAUAUGGAGUCUUUGAUUUAACAAACAAACAAACAGACAGACAGACAAUAAGAAAAAUUUUUAUAAUUUAACGUCACAACUUUUCAGAAUGCUACCGCUGUACCUGAUUGCAUUUACACGGUUUAAAUUUUAAUUGAUUUCAAUUAAUGAGUCUGGUGCUAUUUUUUUAUCAAUCAUACAAUUUUUAUUUUUAAAAAAAUCUCAUGAUUCCGCGAAAAAAAAUUCAUCGUAUUUAAGUUUUUCAUUAAGUUUUAUUUAUUAAUCUUAACUACCCCUUAAUUUUUCUCUUCUUUUUUGUCUAUUCUCUGCAAUAAAAGCAAAAGAAAAAAAUUAGCAUCGGAACUCAUUAUAAAUAGUCAGAGUAAUUAUACGAGAGAAAAAUAAAGCGGCAACAUUGGAGGCGGAAAUUAUAUGAACAAAAAACAAAAAAAAAAUAAUGAGGAAUAUGCGGGAAAAUGCGAUUACGUUUAUUGUCCAAUCAGUUAGUUCAGAUAAAUAAUUACGGUAUUUAAUAAAAUAAAUGAAAAUAGUAUAAAGACAAGUCGCAGUCCCAAAGACGAUAUAUUUAUACAAUAACUUUAUCAAUCUGUUUGUUAUCUCAACAAUAGGCGUCCUACAAUCGUCCAUCGGCGCAAAUGUUCUUUUACUUCAUUAUUAUUUUUUUUUACUCCAUACCAAAGUAAACAAACAAUAAACUUUUAUUUUUCUUUUUAUCUAUCAGAUCCCAAGGAAGGAUUUAAUUAUGAGCACGUUAUUAUUAUGUCUUAUUAGUCACACAUUACUUAUAAGAGAAAAAAAUUUUAAGGAUAAUUUAAUAAAUUACGUGUAUUUUAGUGUUUAUGCCCACUUGUGUUAGGGAAGACUUUAAAAAAAAAAAAUGAAACAAAGUAAUAUGUGAUUGUUUAUAAAAAUAUUCGUGGCAAGUUAAUUUUUGAAUCACCGUUAGGUUUUAUAAUAUUUUUUCAUACAUUAUAUGUGCACAGCAAUUAUUAUUAUUAUUAUUAUGAUAUAUAUGUUAAUAUAAAUUUCAUCGAUAAUACAUCAUAUAUAUGUUUAAUAUGCACCUGUCAGAAACACGUCGUAUAAAAUGCAACACAGUACAUAAUGAUUAUAACAAUCACGUGUUUCGAAUAAAGACUGAUCGGUAAGGGAGCAUGCGGCAUCACAAUCUCGUCGCCGUAAAAUAUAUAUAUAUAUAUAUUGCAUAUAUAUAUUGAUUAAAAUCUAGAAUAGCCUCCCGCUGAGCUUUUAUUGCUAUUGUUUCUAAUAAAGCUCGUAAACAAAACGAGCCCAAUACACAUGGGACCCAUUUUAUAUAAAUAUUUUUUGUUUUAAUUAAAAAAAAAGUCCACUGUAAUAUUUUUCAUGGAAAAAAACAAUUAAAAACUAAUAAUAAUAAUUUAUGAUAAAAACUUAAUGAACGUGUCUUACGAGGGUGUAUAGAAUAUAAUUAAUGAAAAUAUUUAUGAGGCAAAAACCCAGUACCCGAUUAGGGAACUAGUACACGGAUAAAAAAUUGAAGAAUUUUUAUUAUGCUGUCGAUCAAGCACAAGAAGUUGAGUCACAAAAAAUUAUUGUUGUGAGCCACGGAAAUUUUUUAUUCUCUGCUACGAUUCCUAUUUGAGACGAAUUAUUUUCAUUACAAUUUACUUAUAAAUUUUAAAUGUAUGAUAACUUUGAGGCGACUUAACUUCCUGUAACAAGUUUUGGUGGCAGCAUAAUAAAAAUUCGUACAUUUUUUAUAAACUUUCCUCCGGGUGCCCGAUUACUCAUAAAUUUGUGUAUCUAUAUACAGAAAAAAAUGGAGUGAUCGAGUACUAUUUCCCUGAUUGGACACUGGGUAUUUUUUACCUUACAUACAUAUAAUAAAUAUAAAAAAAAAAGGUUUAAAGACUCCACUGCAUGUUUGUGCACACGUGAUAUCAGUUAAUAGUUUUUUGUCAGUUUAUUAAAAAUAAUCAGAUAUAAUUUUAGUAGGCAUUUUAAUGCAUUGUGUAGCCAUAUUUUUUUAGAUUAAUUAAAAUUUAUUGUUAUUAUUAUUAUUUAAUUAUACGUGUAUAUAUGAGUGAAUUAAUUUAAAAAUUACUUAGUGUAAAUUUUAUGUGAUAUAUCUGAUUAUUUUUAUCAGACAAUACUUACUCUAUUUUUAAUUUUAAAAUGUCAUGCGUGAGUGUUUUUAAAAAUAAUUAUUUUCUGUCAAUACAAGGUUGUUCAAUUAGUCUUCGUUAAAUAAAUAAAUUAAAUAUCACAAUAUUGAACAAUUUAAUGUCUAAAUAAUAAGUUACACGUUGAA